GACAUUCCGCAACCGACAUCGAUAUUUUCACGAUGAAAACAAAUGCAUUUCGGGCACGAUUUCACCCAGCAGUGAAAGCAAAGUAAUUACACUUUGAGACAACACUGGUUGGGCCUGCAGUCAGCAAGCCAGCUUAACUAGAAGUAAUUAAACCAAAGCCAUGGAUUGCUAGUUGCAUCUGGAGCGUUAUUGUGCAGCCGUGGAAAGUGUGUAUGCAUCGAGUUGCAUCCAUCCAGUGGUAGUGGCCUAGUUGUUAUUUUUAUCAAUCUACUUCGGUAGAGAAUUGAGAAAUUGUGUGCAUUGAGGAUUGAACAAUCCCUUUCCAAAUCCCCGUUCGUGAUUCUUCGGAAUAAAAAUCCACAGUAAACAUGAAUAAUUACAUUAAAUUUAUGGAAGUGCUGGGCAACGUGAAGCAUCUAAAACGGACUGGCUGGGUUCUGCGAAAGGUGAAAGAUUGUGAAACCGUUUCGGGUCACAUGUAUCGGAUGGCGAUGAUGUCAUUUUUUCUGGAGGAUAGCCACGGCUUGGAUCGGAUCCGCGUGAUGGAAAUGUCGCUUGUACAUGACUUGGCGGAAGGGAUCGUUGGGGACAUAACUCCGUACUGUGGGGUUUCACGAGAAGAAAAACUGCUGAAGGAAUUUUCCGCCAUGACAGAGAUAGCUAAUCUGCUUGGUCCCAACCAGGACAGGAUGAUGGCACUGUUCAACGAAUAUGAGGAGGGCAAAACUCCCGAAGCAAAGUUCGUGAAAGAUCUUGACCGGCUUGAUAUGGUAAUGCAGGCAUACGAAUACGAGAAACGUGACCACAGUCCCAUGAAGCUGCAGGAAUUUUUUGACUCGACCGAAAACAAAUUUUCCCAUCCACUGGUCGUUGAUAUUGUAAAUGCUAUAAAAGUUCAACGAGCCAACAGUGCAGCCACAACCGACAAUCCUACGGCUAAGUAGUGAGAACAUGGAUUGUAGUUACGAACUACAAUAAACAUUAGAUGAAC